CUGCACUAGCAAGUCGAGUUACCUGCGUUUCGAUAUUUUUCCCUCUUGCAUUGUUUUUGUAGAUUUUUAUACAAGGCCAAUGCUGUACAAAUUCGAAAUGUACUGUGAGAGGAAAAGUGACUAACUGAGCUGAAGAUUUCACAAUUUUAUGAUUCGAAUAUAAUUAACACAAUUCUUUCUGCUGGCGGGAAGAAAUUUGCUAGAAUCAUUUUCAGGAGGUCGAACAAGUAUAGGUAGGAAUCACUAGGUUGAACUCUGUAUAAUACAAAAAGUGAAUGCAUAAUCUUUUGAAUAUAGGCCAACGCAAAGCCCUGUGUGCCAUAUUCUCCUGCGUUAUGUACUCCAGAGUGCGAUGUAUAUAAGUGAAGCAAUUCCAGGCUGACUGCAACAAACUGUGGCAGUAUACAAAGGACAUGACAGUGAUUUAGACGUAUUUCCGUAGACUUUUCAUAUGCCUGUAAGCAGAGAGAAAAAAACAAAAGUGAUUUUCAUUAGUGAAUCAAUCUGUGAUAUGAGUUCUUAAGAUUUAUUCCAAGUAUUAUAGAACUAUCGUUUAAAAGUAGUUUAUACAGAGAAGAGAGUACGUACAAAUCUACAUAACAAAGCGACAUAGAUUCCCGAACAUAAGAUCUUCAGCUGAGUGCUAGAAAGUUGAUUACUUUUAAAAAUAUCCUAUCGAACAUCAGCCGAAAAAAAAUGGAGCCACUCAAACGACAAUAAUUUUUACGAAAUAAAAACACAACAAAAGCACAAAUCCUAUCUGCUUCUGUGCUGCACAAUUCUCGACAUAAGGAAGGAAGUUCAAGCAUACAAAAAUUGCGAAAAGGGGCUCAUACCGUGCAUCACAUAACACAGGGAUGUGGUCUGCAGCAUUAUGCACACUUGGUGUAUCUAAACCGAUUUGGGGAUGUAAUUGUUUGAAUUUUCGGCAAGGACUGGCUGCGGAGUCUCGCGGCAAAAGACCUUUCAAAAUCUGGGACAAUUGGCGCCAUGUCCGUAAAGGUCUCGUUGUAGGCAGUUUUGAAGAACUGUUAGUUAGAGGAAAAGAUAAGCUAGGAGUACCAGCAUCAGAACCAGUUCGAUUGGUUCUCGAAUGCGAUGGAACACAAGUAGAAGAUGGAGAGUACUUUCGGACGCUAGCAAACAACACUGUGCUGCUGCUAUUGCGGCAGGGAGAACGUUGGUGCCCAACAGGUGUCGAUGUGAUCAAAGCUGCCAUAUCUGCCAUACCUAAAAUCGUCUGCGAGACUAUAUAUGCAUUGGAUCUGCAGGAUGAAACACCAUCUUGGAAAAUUAUGGAUAACAAGGGACGUGUCACCGUUGUAUUACACUGGGAUCAACGACAGGGCAAUCAAGGAGGAGGACAAGGUAGCAGUAGUAGUGGCAUCGGUGGCGGCGGUGGCGGAGGUGGAGGAUUGAGCAAUGGCCCUAGCUCAGAGAAAUUUUCGCCAUCGAAGAAAAGUUUAUCAACCCAAAAUUCUCUGGACAAAGGUUCUAUAUCAGGUCAACAGCGGUACUCGAGCCCACAGAUUACGGUCAUCAACCACGAUGAUCCGCAGUCAGCUAUUUACCACUCUGCUAGACGGCUGUCGAAACAGGGUGGUUCCUUCGAUAGUGCUGUUGGAGCUGUUCAUAUUCAUACUCCCGAAUGUGCUCACCAUGCUCACACGCCCACUAGGGCCGGUAGCCCGGGAGCGACUGAAUGUGACUUCCACUGUUGUGCCCUGCAUGAGGAGGGAAGAAAAAUUGCAGUACACAAAAACGUGGCCACGUCUCCAAUACAAGAUGGUUCCGCGAGUCCACAACCACCACCCAGUAGCCUUUCAGAUAGUAGACGAACAUCUACCACUAAAGGUCACGUACGCUUUUUGGAUAUUGGCCCAGAGCGGGAUAGUUCUGAAAGUGAAACAGAGAACACGGUUAUGGAGGAUGAAACUGUCACUUCAGAAAAAUUUUUGCUACUAAUUGAUCAGCUUUCGGUGGAUCAAAAACGACACCUUAGUAUAAAAGAUAUCGGUAUCAUUCUAGAGCGUCUAAGUUCCAAAAUCCUUGAUGUAGAACGGUUGGAUCGGGAAAGUGAAUCCGACGAUUGCUACAACUGGACGAUCAAAGCAACGAUACGUGGUGAUGCGCUACGUGAAUUGGGUGUUAUAUAUAACGGUAACUACUAUGCAAUAUCGGAACAUCCUGGCUACAAGGAGGAGAAUGAAGAGAACGGUGAUGAUGUAGAGGAGGAAGAUGAAGACCGGUUAUAAGAAGACAUCUCGGCGUUUGUAGCAAACUAGCAGAGUAGAGCAAAAUAAUACAAUAAAGCGAAAUUCACUGACGAACAAAACACAUUGAGCAGUAACAUAACACUUUGUUUGAUGAAAUCAAGCGUACGGAUGACGAUGAGUGCGGAUUCGGAGAUUUGUUAGGACGUGUGUUGCCACAACCUUUGUCAUUUCGAGUAGCGCAUGUGUAAACGUGAAAUGGAGCCGGAAAUCGAAAACACUCUCGAAGAAAAAAACACAAAUGCUGCCAUUAAUAAGAAACGUAUAAAAAUAACUAAAUUAAUUUGUGAAAGUUAUUGCUAAUGAACAACAGAAAUAUCUAAAACCUAAAAAUAAAGAAUGGAAACGCACAUCAUUGUAAUCGUUACAUAAAAUGAAGCAAUUAAUAGAAAUCAAUCUAAUGGAGCGGGCAACGACACCUGUUUCUAACUGCAUAAGGCGACGAAUAAGAUCAGGAGAUACGUGAGAACGAGAAGGACGAAAUUUUAAGAAGUUAAAAGUAAUGCAUACCCUAGACAUCAGCUGUGUCUAAUUUCAUGAUAGAAAUAGUAGAUAAAAUAAAAUGUGGGAUACGAUUGCCACGAAUUUCAAUAACUGGGAAAACCUUGUAAUCAAUAAUAAUAGUAACAUAGUAAUAAUGUAAUUACCAAAAAAAAAUAACCUAUAAUGAGGAAGAAAAAUCAGAUAAACUCGUAAAACCGCAGUCGUAUCGCCAAAGUAGAAUUUAAAUCAAAACAAAAUAAUAAUAUAUAUUAUAUUAUUAAAAAAUAUGUAUUUAAAUACAUCAUUUCUGUAGAAAUGAUAAACUUUUUACUAAAAACCAGAAAACCAGAAAUGAAAUAGAAAAAUAGUUAUGUAUCAACUGAUUAACAAAUAAGUAUAUUUGUACACUUGCACAUAUAGCUGUGUAUACGUAUGGAUUCCUGCAUGUACGUGUGUAUAUUUGUAUGUGUAGGUGUGUAUGUGUGUGGAUGUGGGCAGAUGUAUAGAUUGAACCACAAAAUCAAUACGAAGGAGGAUACAAACCGAUACUUUACUCACUUGAUUUUUGUCUAAUUUCAUUUUCAUUUUCAUUCGAGCACAUUUCUUAAUUUCAACGAAGGUGUACCAGAAAUCCGCACAAUAUAUUAUAAACCGAUAAUAAAACGGAACGAACACACAUACUCCAGCACAACACGUUACAGAGAACAAACACUAGGAACAGUUUAACGAGAGCAUAGACGCAUCUACUAUGUUAUCCAUUAAAACGAAUAUAUGCAAAAGAAACUCAAUCUAUUAACGUAAAAAGCAGAUCCCGAAGUAAUACGUUUAACCUUAGAAGAUGAUCUCUGAACGUGAAGGCCAACUAAACAUCUCUGUACAUACGCACAGGCGGUCACAAACACUAAGUAAUUCCCAUGUUCACACACACGCGCUCAACUUUCAACUAUACAUAUGAAGACGAUGCAUGUGCUGUUUACAAGCCAACAUAGGAAUUCCGUACAAACCUAGCGCAUACAUUAACAAUACGGUUAGCAUCGAGAAUGAAUCGUUUCAAUUUUAGAUUCCCGUAAGUGGUUAUUUAGAGAUUUAUGUUACGAAUUAAGUGUUAUGGGUUACCACCACGGAAACUAUGGUAGUGUGACUUUUUUUUCUUAACGCCACUAAUAGUACCAAACAGUUUAGUAAGCUCACGACUACUUGUGUCUUAGAUCAUUGAUUGAAAAGUACAUGUUCAUUUGAAUAUACAUUGAAAAUGAAGAGAAAGACUAGUGUACUAAACAACUGUAGCCAAAAUGGUGUCAAAAAUGUCGGGCCGAACCAACAAAUUUUGACUUUACAACAGCCAAAAUGGAACGAGCAAAACAGAUGAAGAGCUUUGAGUGUGAAAACCCAGAACUGUCAGAAUGACAAAAUUACUGUUAGACAGAAUUCGAAUCGGCGGUAAUUGCUAGUAUUCCACAGUUUAAAAUUCUCUACUCGAGUUGAAAAUUCGUUUUUCCACACAAAAAAACCGCAAUCGAUGACACUCACCUCACAGCACAUUCUAACAGCCUAUAGCCCUUGUAUGCAUGGGACGAAUUUAAAAACAAAAAGAAUCUUAAUUUUCUUUUGUGUUUGACUGAUUAUUAGAAGCAAUCGUAUAAAACAUAGAUGCACUAGCAGAACUGUUAAUUUAGUCAUCAUGAAAAAUAUUCUUAGAUACUUCGGAACAACACUCAGCAAACGGAGACGAGAUAAAAUCAGAAAAGCAUAUAUAAACGAAAAAAUAUAUAAGGAACAUAAAUGGAUACGUUAAGUUGUUGAUCCACAUACGUAGAAAUAAUCAAGGAAAGUUUUAAAAAAUAUGACAAAUAAAAAAAAGAGAACGAACUACAUUCAGAGAAUUGAAUUAUUUUAUGCCAAAAGAAACACAAGAAUGAGUCUCCUAUCACCCCGUUUUACCAAAAUAUAGACGAAGACGAAAACCCUGUCGGAACUCGCUUAUGAAGCAAUUUUCUUCUCAAAUAUCCGAUGUAGUAUUAUAUAAAUGAAUACGAAGACUCCCGUUGUAUAUUCCAUCGCUUAGUCAAUCAUUGUUUUUAUAUUUGUACGAGAACAAUCAGAUAUCAUGCGCAAGGCCACCACUGAUUUAAGAUGCGAGAUAAAAUUCAUCUAAACUAUACUGCAAACGAACCUCUAUAUUUUGUAUACAUUUUUUAUGGAAACUAAACUACAUAUAUAUCAUUUGAUGAAUAAAGCUAUACCAGAGCAACGGUGCCAACUUGUAAAACGAAUCGAUUCACUUGAUUGUUUGUUUUUAUUUUACUUUAAUUUCAUCGAACCAUACAGCGGCUGAAAUUCGAACCUGGAUGCGACUUCAGGUCCUUUCUCAUGUCAGUGGAGCAAACUCAAACACCUACCAUUCUCACACAUCUCGACAACCACUUGAUCAUAUUAUGAGUGCAGUGAAAGGAGUUCCGGUUGAAAAUGAAAUGAAAAAUUUAUGUGGUUGAAAUAGACGAAGAGCAUAAGUUUACAGAAAUAUCUGACACUGCCCUAAGCCCUGAAUGAAAUUUAGUAAAACCAAAUAUUAACAAACGAAGUGUGCGUACGUUUUAUAAAUAUUGGGAAAAAACAUCAAAUCAUAAGAAUAACGAAAAAAAUAUAGCGAAGGGCCGACAAUCCUUCAAAUUAAUUGAGAUGAAAAUUACUUAGACAACUAACGAUAUCGGUAAUUUUUUUUAAAUAAAUAGUCAAAAGAAAUGGAAAAAACCUAAGUCGAUGAUACUUAAUGUAUGGUUAUCGAUUGAAAUUAGCCAAAGAAGUGGAGUAAAUCGAUUACGAACGAAUUCAUUUAAAAUCUAGAAUUAUAAACCUAAUUAUUCAAGUAUAAAUGAGAAAAAAAUUAAACUAAAUAAACGGGUUUUCAUUAUAUUUCAAACAAAAAUAGAACAGAAAGGAAUAAAAUCGACGAAUAGGCAGAUGAAGGCAUAGUAAAAAAGGAAAACAAUGUUCAAACGACAGGUGAAAAAAUAUGUAUAAAUAUAUGAAAAUAUAUUUAACAAAAAUACAACCUAAUGUUUUGUAUAGAAUAUUUCUGUUAUAUUAUGUAUAAAUUAUUUAAAGUAAGUAAACUUAAUCGCUUAAGAAAGGUUUAAAAUAAAAUUAUAACACAGGUUGUUUAAAUUAAA